GCGUCGGCCGUGGCGCUGCCGCACCCGGAGAAGGUUGGCGCUGGGCACCCUAAGGCCGUCAACCGCAAGGCCGAGGGCUGGGGUGGCGAAGACGCCUACUUCUGCACAGCCGCAGAGGACGGGACAUUUGCCCUCGGCGUGGCGGAUGGGGUGUACAUGUGGAAAGAGCAGGGCAUCGAUUCUGGGCUGUUCUCGCGCUCGCUGAUGACAUAUGCCAGGCAGGCUGUCAUAGAAGGCGAACGCGACCCGGUGAAGGUCCUGAGGAAGGCUGAUGACGGAAACGAGCGUGACGGACUGAAGGGCAGCAGCACCGCCUGUGUGGUGCUCAUUGACACGGUGCAGGGCCAGCUCAAAAGCGCCAAUGUGGGCGACUCGGGCUUCCUCGUCAUCGGGCGAGCGCAGUUUGGCGAUCAGCUGGCCAUGAAAUAUCACAGCCCCCAGCAGGAGCACAGCUUCGGCUGUCCCUACCAGCUUGGCCACUAUGACGGCGCCGACUCGCCUGAGGAUGCCAUGCUUAUGACAGUGCCGGUGGCAGCAGGCGACGUGGUUGUGCUGGGCUCGGAUGGCCUCUGGGACAACCUGUCGGAUGAGCAGGUGCUGGAGGAGGUGCGUGCCAGCCUGGCCGCGUGUGAGGGCGCCUCUGCGACCGCACAUCGGCUGGCGGCUGCUGCUUUCCGUCACUCCCUCGAUCGCCACAGCCAGACACCCUACUCACUUGGCGCCUCCGAGGCUUUUGACAUGGUUUAUUCAGGU